UCCCCGCCUUGCACUGGGCGGCGCAGGGAGCGUUGCAGUCGUGCCAAGCGCAGGGGGGCUGAGCGCACUUCUCCGUGCAUCGUCCCUUUCCCGGGUGGCGGGGGGGGCUUCCCCGCCCUGGGUGACAGGCCCGGACGGAGGCUCUGCAUGUCCGAAGCCCUGGCUGCCGCAAUCCGGAGCCGUGCACCAGAUACUAACUCUUUGCCUCCUCGUUUCCUAUCCCCACCCUCCCGGGGCGGUGAUUGGCGUGAGCAGCUGGGGCUUGCCCAGGACGGGGCCGCGAGGACGAAGGAAGAAGCCAGCCUGGUCUGGGAGCAGAGCCGGAGAAGGGUGGGGAGGAUCCGCGUGUGCCCGGCUGCCCGCGGGAGCCGGCAUGGGGCAUUGCUGAGCGCCUCGGGGGAGCCAUGCUGUCCAGGAAAGGGAUCAUCCCCGAGGAGUAUGUGCUGACCCGCCUCGCCGAGGAUGUCCCGGAGCACUCCCGCUACCACGCCCGGGAGCGGCGGGCCAGGUUCGUGGGGAAGAAUGGCACCUGCAACGUGGCCCACAAGAACAUCCGGGAGCAGGGCCGCUUCCUGCAGGACGUCUUCACCACCCUGGUGGACCUCAAGUGGCCGCACACGCUGAUCAUCUUCACCAUGACCUUCCUGUGCAGCUGGCUGCUCUUUGGCAUGAUCUGGUGGCUGAUUGCCUUCGCCCACGGGGACCUGGACCACAGCACCCAGCUGCAGGCAGGGGGUAGCUGGGGGGCUGGGGAGGAUGCUGAGGGGUUCAUGCCCUGCGUGACCAGCAUCCACUCCUUCACCUCCGCCUUCCUCUUCUCCAUCGAGGUGCAGGUGACCAUCGGCUUCGGGGGCCGCAUGGUGACCGAGGAGUGCCCGGCUGCCAUCCUGGUGCUGAUCGUGCAGAACAUUGUGGGGCUGGUGAUCAACGCUAUCAUGUUGGGUUGCAUCUUCAUGAAGACAGCUCAGGCGCACCGCCGGGCUGAGACCCUCAUCUUCAGCAAGCAUGCAGUGAUCGCCCUGCGGGAGGGCAGGCUCUGCUUCAUGCUGCGGGUGGGUGACCUGCGCAAGAGCAUGAUCAUCAGUGCCACCAUCCGCAUGCAGGUGGUGAAGAAGACCACCAGCCUGGAAGGCGAGGUGGUGCCCCUCAACCAGAUAGACAUCCAGAUGGAGAACCCGGUGGGGGGCAGCAACAUCUUCCUGGUCUCCCCGCUCCUCAUCUACCAUGUGAUAGACAAGAACAGCCCACUCUACGACAUCUCCCCCCUACACCUUAACCACCACGAGGACCUAGAAGUCAUCGUCAUCUUGGAAGGGGUGGUGGAGACCACUGGCAUCACCACCCAAGCCAGGACCUCCUACCUGGCCGAUGAAAUCCUCUGGGGCCAAAGGUUUGUGCCCAUCGUGGCCGAGGAAGAUGGCAGGUACUCAGUGGACUACUCUAAGUUUGGCAACACGGUGAAAGUGCCCACCCCUUCUUGCACUGCCAGACAGCUGGAGGAAGACAGGAGCAUCAUAGACUCCAUCCCAUUGUCACCUAAAAGCACCAGUAGGAAGAGGUCUUUCAAGUUGAAGCCCAAAUUUACCAUAACUGAUGAGCCUUCCUGACACCCUUUAGAGGAAAGAUGCAAUAAACAAGAACACUGAGAUAGCCUCUUAUUUUUCUUAGUGAGGUUGGUAGCACAAGGUGUGUGUAGUAUUAUUUAUUGCAGGAUAAAUUAAAGUUAAUUUUAUUUUUUUAAAGGCGUGCAACAUUUUUAAGCAACAUAGGGUGGGGAAACAUUUUAUUCUGUUGUUUGUAAUUUCUUGUUUAUUUGCAUGAUCAUUUUGGAUGAUUCUUCCUCACUGAAUAAUUUCUUUUCUUGAAAAGUAAGUUUAUCUGUAGCCUAGCAGGUUGCAUUAUUUAUGGUCUUGCAAUGCCUCUCAGAAAUUUAAUGUUUUUCAACUGGUUUUAUAAACAAUCACAAUACAGGAAAAAAGUCUUCAGUGAUCAUUAUUAAAGUUACAUAGAGUUUAAAUGAUAACAGGAAGACCAUGCAGUAAGAUAUGCACCCCAAAAAAGUCCAGAUAUGAAGGUGUCUGUUUAGGUUAUGGUGUUUUAUGUCUUAAAGAAAUAAACUUACAGAUGUAUUUAGUCCA